AAGGAAACAGUGCCAAGUGCAUGAUAUUGCGUUUGUUGCAGGAGAGAGGCACAUCUUAAUUUUGCACAAGAGGUGAAAACCAUGCCAGGAAUCCCCUCGAAACGACCAAAGUACUACACACCAAACGAAGUCAGUAUCCAUAAUACGUUAAAAGAUCUAUGGGUAUCAUUUUUGGGCAAAGUUUACGACCUUACUCCGAUGUGUGAAAAACAUACAGGUGAUGUUCUUCUGAAGCCCAUCAUCGAAGCUGCAGGAAAGGAUAUUACACACUGGUUUGAUAAGAAAACAAAAGAUAUCCGAACUCACAUUGAUCCUGUAACCAAGUGUAAAUUUUAUUACACACCAAGAGGAAGGUUCAUUCACACUCCUCCACAGUGUCCACGCACAGACUGGGCAAAUGACUUUGGACGACCAUGGUGGAAAGAUGACUCCUACUGCAUUGGUGUCCUUUCAGCACAAACCAGGAAAAUCAGAAUUAUCAAUACACUUACUUCCCAAGAACAAACCAUUGAAGUUUGUUCAGAGGAGAUACUUACUGAAAUCCAAGACCGCUACUUGAAAUACAAUGCUCAUGCUGCCAGCUACACAUGGAAGUACAAUGGAAGGAACUUGGAUAUGAACAAGACACUGGAAGAGAAUGGUGUUGCUGAUGAAAGUGAAGAAUUCUACAAACUGAGCAUGAAUGAGGAAUUAUUUCUGCCAGCAUUGCAUCUGUAUUUAAAUGACGAUUUGACAGAAGCUUAGGGUAAACUAAUUUAAGGGUGACCUCUUUUAUUAACUGGUGUAAAACACACAUUCAUGCAUGCAAGGCUCAAUAGAGAGUCUUCAACCAAGUUUUUGGAUUCAGGGAGAUGAUUUGUAUUGCUGAUGAAGCUAACAAAGUUCAUUACCUCUUCAAAGUUUUUUUUUUUGUAGUACUUGUAAAUAAUUUAUUAGUGAGACUGUACAUCUGUUGAAUAAAGUGUAAAUAGCUGAAUAUGCAGCCCUA